AACUAUAUGUACGUGUAUGUUUUGAAGUGCGGGUUUGACAAUUGAAGGCGUGCGAAAGAGACGCAUCUAUGUAACACUCACGAAACAAUCUAUCGGUCGCAUGUACUGUAAACAAUGAUACACUGUUAAAAAUGGACCUAACUUGAUUUCCAAAUGUGUGCGUUUUGAAAUAAAAUGUUACAUUGCAAUGGAAAAACUUCUGUUUUCGUCUUAAACAGAGCAAAUAUUUUCAUAGAAAUUCAUCGACUGAAAUAAACAACAAUUUUUCUUCGUGUAAAAAUCACUUGUAAAUUCCAACUGUUCAGAACUGUCAUCGUAUGAAAAUCCAAACUGUCAAACUGAGACUCGAAACGUCAUCGUUUUUAUGUACACAUCUAUCAGAAUUUUUCAUUGGCAAAGUUUAUUUUUUGAUGUUUUCAUAAUAUUUGUGAAAAUAAUAUUUCGUGUAUACACGAUUUUGAAGUAAUUAUUCAAAAUGCCUGAGCCAAACAUGAAAGCGUUCGACGAAAGUGAUUUCAAAGCGGAGAGAUAUGUGAAAGAAAUGGUACAGGAAUGUGUGGGCGGUGCGGCUCUUCAACAAUGCAAAUCAAAGAUUCAAUCAUACGGCGAACAAACUUCAUCAACGUUGAAAAAACAUGUCUACGCCAAUUACAUGCAGUUCAUCGAAACGGCAAAAGAAAUUUCACAUUUGGAAUCGGAGAUGUAUCAAUUGUCACAUUUGUUGAUCGAGCAGCGAAACAUUUUGUCCACACUGCGAGAGCAGAAUUCUAUUGAAGACACUAGAGGCGUCUUAAUGGACGAACCUACAAAUGAAGUCGACAAAGAUAUACAAAACAAAAAGGCACUUUCUGCCAUACAGGAGUCGUUGAUCGGAUUCAAUGGGAAUUUGGAAAACAAAACAUUUCUGCAUGAAGGUGCUUUAAUCGAAUUGGAUCCAGAAAGCUACCGUCCGAUUUGCCGCGUUUACUUCUUCCUAUUGAAUGACCUUUUAAUCGUUGGGAAGGUGAAACAUGACAAAAAAUUAGAAUAUGCUGCUCAGUACGAUGCCACAAAAAUUGCUGUUAUCAAUAUAAAAGAUUUGGAUGGUGUGAAAAAUGCAAUAAAUGUCAUCACACCAGAAGAUUCCAAGAUAUUUCAGUGCAUUAGCCCAACGACAAAGAACGAGUGGAUCGAUAAAUUUGAAGUGGCCUUAAAGUUUAAACAACUGAAGAAGAAAAAGACACCUGCACCGCAGCCGCCGAGUCGGCAAGUGAGUACAACUGAAGUUCCAAAAUCCACAACAAAAACUAGUUUAGCGAGUGAAGCCACCGUUAGUCCAACAUCCACUGUUAGCGAAGUUGAAGUAAACUUGAGAUAUGCUCCAGAAUGGGUGGCAUCGGCACAAGAGGAAAUUCACACACUAAUCGCACAACGUCAUUUUGAGGAAGCUCUGGCUUUGAUCACAAAGUGCGAAGAAUAUUUUGUCAAGGAUAAUACAUUUCACAAUGCCACCGAAAUUAUCCAGAAGGUGAAACAACUCAAAAAUGACCUCUCAAAUGUGCUCCUCGAUGAAUUGUCGAAUUGUCAAACACGAAGCCUAUACGCAGCGUUGGUGUCAUCUCGUGUCAAACUUAAGUUAUUAGCCGACAUGAACAAAGAUCGUGAAGCAUGUGGAACCAUGUUAAAAGUAUGUACCGCCGCCAUUCGAUCAUCGCAGCGUCAGGCGCGUCGCAAUAAUUUGGAAAUUUCACAAUUGUUCUUCUGCGAUUUGGCCCAAGUGGCCAGUGAAUUUCUCAAAGCCUUCAAGAACAAAGGAGCGUGCAUGAGUACUUUGGUUGUCUGGUGUAAUUAUGAGCUGCAAUAUUUUGCAUCACAGCUCAUAAAACACUACCUCACCAAAGGUUCACAGUUAGAAGCCGUUGCGAAAUGUGUGGAUGGAGUGCGAGAACCUUGUGCUAAAUUGUCAGAGAUCGGUUUGGACUUGCUGUAUCAUCUGGAGGGCUUGCUGAGAACAACAUUGGAAGAUAUACUCAAAGAAUCGCGUGAACGUUUAAUUGACACAAUCAGCCGUACCGAAAAAGUGUGGCAACCGUAUAAUUUACAAACUAAAUCAAACCUUCGUAGCGUUCUUCGUGAUUUGGAUGCAUUGGGCAUUGAUAUGAAAUCACAAGUCACCGGCGAUACCUGGAUCAAUUUAACACAAUCAACAAUCAAUUUUUGCCGUCACUUUCUAUCGAUUUGCGAAAGUUGUGCCACCCUUGGUAAAAUGGAAGCGAUGCGAUCACAUACACAAACUCUGUUACGUGACCUGUUUUUGGCUCAAUACUCUAGUAAACCAAAUCCAAAUGUUACUGUUGAUUUGAAUUUCGUGUCGAAAAACAAUAACUAUUUGGUAGAAACGUUAUUACCAGUUGCUAUUUCGAAAUAUCAAAAGACGAGUGGAAGCAAGUGUGAGCAUUUGUCCGAAUUAUUGAAUCAACUAAGGGGACCACCCAAGCCCAAGCCCCGAAGUAUCUAUAAAACUGAUGUUCUCUAAGAAUUCAGUCUCAUGGUGUUAUUGUAUUCGAACGUUAAUCAAAUAUUACAAUAAAGAUAAUAGUUAAUUGAAAUAGCGGUGUUCUGUGUUUUUUUCCUCUAAAUCAAAUGAGUUCCCGACCAAAUUCCCCGAUUCAAAUAAAAGACGUCGAUUUAUUUUUUUUUUUUUGCAAAUUUUCCCUUUAUUUUUAUAUGAUCAUAGUUCGUUUUGAUAUUUUUACAUAAUAAGAAAUAGUUAAAUGAUCCUUUUUUUGUUAUGUUUAUUUCGCAUGAUCAAAAUUCGUUUUCGUAUAGAAUGAGUCAAUUUUGUGUUUUGUUGCGUGCGAAAUAUCAAAUAAUAAAAUGACUGCUUAGAUCAAUCGCACAAAAAUCUGAUUUUUCAUUUUGUUGUUCUUGUUGUUUAAAUUAAAAAAUAAAAUCAUUUAAAUUAAAUAAUAAUUGUUCUGCUCUUUUAUUCGUAUUUUUUUUUU